GCCAGUAGGUGGCAGUAGUGUCAUCUGAGAGCAGCAGCAGCCGCGCGCUUCUGCGGUAGAAGAAGAUGGGCCGUUGACAAGAGAAGAACUCCUGUGGCUAUCUUGAGCUAGCAAAAUAACGUUACUUGAGUGUAUUUAGUUGCUUAACAUUUGAACGUGUUGUUGUUUUAUUCGCAUCGAAAAUGAUCCUUACCGUGAAACCGCUUCAGGGAAAAGAAUGCAGUGUACAGGUGACUGAAGACGAAAAGGUCUCCUCAGUGAAGGAACUUGUGUCAGAACGUCUCAACAUACCAGCGAACCAGCAGCGGUUGCUCUAUAAAGGGAAAGCGCUUGCAGAUGAGCACAGACUGAGUGAUUACUCCAUUGGGCCAGACUCUAAAUUGAAUCUGGUUAUCCGUCCAGUGGGGGAGAGGACUGGAGCGUCAGGGAUGGGGGCCGGCAGCAGCAGCAGCAGCAGCACGCACGGAAGAGUGUGGCAGACGGUGUCCACUAUUCUUGCUCGACACUUUAGUCCGUCAGAUGCUGCAAAAGUCCAUGAACAGCUUAUUAAGGACUAUGAACGCUCCCUUCGACAGCUUAGUCUCGAUGACAUUGAGCGCUUGGCGGGACGACUGCUUCACCCCGACACCGAGGGCAUGGACACCUCAUACAUGGACUAAGAAUGCCUAGCUGGAAGUUGCUUUCUGUGAUAGUCUUUUGAGAGAUGCUCAGUGCUCGGAGGUGCAUACAGUGUUUAGAGUGUGAGGCAUGGAAAAUAUUGCAUCAGUUUUCUUGCAGAGCGCCCCAGCUGUGUGCCUAAUCGGUGGCUGAGUGAACACAGAUAAAACUGACUGUUGAUAAUCUCAGCAAUAGGGCUUUCUUAUCCACGACCACAGGACUUGGAUAAGAAAACUUUGCAUUUGGUCCCAGUCAUUGAUGUUGCAGUAACAUUAACGACACAAGGCCUGAUCACAUAAUAUUUGAAUACAAAGUAAUCCAUUUAUGCUGUUGGUUUCGCAUGAUCUCUGGCUGCUACUACUCCCAAGGGGCACUAACUUCUACUGAAGGGUAUUUUUUAGCAAUGUCUGUGUUGGAUGAUGACUGUGUGUUUUUCUGUUAAUCAUUCGUGAGACGGUAAUACAUGUUUUAUUCCAUAACUAACUGAUGUUCAUUGUAUGAUUUGUAAAUAUCAUGUUUAUAUAUACAGACAUUAAACCACAGAAAAAA